GUCGGCAUCUCGCUCAACAAUGCACUGUGGCUUACUCUGGAAUUUGCGCGCAGAUUCCGAGCGCAUGCGGCGGAUGAAGCUUUGUGAUACUCGGAUGCGGCAGAACCCUUCUCGUGCCAUAGGCCUUUCAGAACACACGCACAGCCGAACAUGAAAGGCCGAAUGUGGACAUAACACUAUUUAUAUGCUAUCUUGUGACAUUCGUCUCGACGCAUGGGCCAGCUGCGAACAGUUCAUGCCCCCUUUGAUGUGUUCAUGAAUGCGCUUUGACCGCCGUCCAGGCCUAUAUAACCAGGCCCGUCGUCCCCUUCCUCUUCCUCAUCCCACAACCACCUGUCAACCUUCUCCCACUCCGCAACCGCCCCUCAGCGCGCUUCUGCAAACAUGAUGACCGACGACUGCAUCAUGCACAUCGUGUCGUUGAGCCUCCUCAACGACCCGCGGCGUCCCGAAGACAACUCCCCUCGAGACCUACGCGACAUGGCUGUCCGCGUCGGCAAUGGUCAAGCCAUGUUCACCACGAUCCCCGCCAACGCACGAUCACGCAAGGACGAGCUGCUGCGCGACGGCACGACCGAGGUCAUGCUCGACGCCGCCACCAAGCGCAAGCUCUACGCGCAGCCUGGCUUCCCGAAGCCACUCACUCAGCCCUCUUCCCCAGCUCAUCGCAUCUCCCCCGCCGGUGAGAAGGGCCUCGGCAUGUUUGCCACUCGCCCUCUUCACGCCGGAGACCUCAUCCUCGCCGAGCGGCCCCUCAUGGUGCGCGCGCUUGGCGCGCCGCUGUACACGGGCCCCCAGAUGGGUCUCUUCCGCAAUCCCUCAUCCCUCGUGAGCCGCGUCAUCGAUAAGGAGUACCAAAUUGAGGUCAUGAUGCAGCGGAUGGUGCCGAAGAACCGCAACGCCUUCCUGACGCUCGCCAACUCCGAUGACUAUAGCGGGACUGGAAAUCUCGUUGGGCGUAUGUACACGAACGGGCGGGACGUGCUCCAGGGGUUCACGUUCUCUGGUAUGCCUGGCGGUGGCGCAACGUAUACCGGUGUCUUCGAUAAGUUGUCGAGGAUGAACCAUAGCUGCACUCCGAACGCCGUGUUCACCUGGGCCAACAUGUCUUUCUCUGGCGCCCUGCGCGCCAUCCGCGACAUCCAGCCCGACGAGGAGAUCACCAUCACGUACUGCAACCCCUCCUUGUCGACAUCCGAGCGCGCGGCCGCCCUUGCGCCCUACGACAUCGAGUGCGACUGCCCCGCCUGCAAGGACGGUUCCGCAUCCGACGCACGCCGGGAUGAUAUCUUCGCCAAGUUCGAUAAGGCGCAGGAGCUGGAGUUGAACGACGCGAAACGCGAGAUGCUGCUCUCGGUCAUCGAGCUUAUCGAGAAGGAGGGCGCGGAGGUGCUACCGGAGUACUAUGAGGCUCAUCGGCUGUUGCUGAACAUCUAUCGGGAGGAGAAGAGCAAGAAGGAGGCGAAGGUUGCGGAGGAGAAGGGUACGAAGGAUGAGAAGGUCACGGAGGAGGAAGACGGAGACUCGAGGGAGACGGAGAGCGAGCUCGAGGAGAAGAGCGGGCCUGAGGAGGAGAAGGCGAGCGAGCCUGAGGAGGAGGAAGAGGCCACGGAGAAGACUGCGGACGAGGAGAAAGAGGGAGACUCGAAGGAGACGGACAGCGAGCUCAAAGAGAAGGAGAGCGGGCUUGAGGAGCGGAAGAGCGAGCCCGAGGAUGAGGAGGAGACCAAGGUCGAGGAGAAGAAGGAGAGCGAGCCUGAGGAGAAUAACGAGCCCGCGGACAAGGAGAAGGAGCUCGAGCAGAAAGUCAACGCCCUCUCCCUGGCGAAGUUCGGGAAGGCCUUCCUUCGCGAGUAGAGUAUGGCUCGAUUUCGGAGGACUCGAAAUGCGACCUGUACAUUAUAGCUACAUAAUCGGUUUACGGAGAGACGCGUCUCACUGAUACUGAAAUGUUGGACUUGCAUUAUGUGGAAAGUUGAACCUGCAUCAUG